AUGAGGUCUCUAGUCAACCUCGCGCUCGACGGAAGCCUCAAGCCAAGUGACCUGAUCGGCAGAGAAAAGGAAAUAGACGCCGUCGACAAAGCAACACUCUACACCCCUCUUGGUACGGCUGUCUUCUACCGCCAAAAAGAGGCAAUCAAGCUUCUUCUCGACAAUGGGGCGAACCCGAACGGCGUUCCGGAGUCUUUCCCACCUCUUUGGAUCGCAGCAGCCAGGACAAAGGGGCAUAUCGGCAGCAUCGUCGGAAUGCUUCUUGCUCACAAGGCAGACGUGAACAUAGCUUCUGAUCUCACCAAGAACACCACUCCUCUGACUGCUCUCGUCAAGCGGUACAGAGGUGAAGAUGAUAUUCACGUGAUAGAAGCUCUUGUGGAUGCUGGUGCUGACCCUCAUGCUACAAACAACAGGAGGGAGUCAGCCAUGUCCAUAGCCACUGCACGGAAUGACAAAAAGAUGUUGGCUAUUCUAUCUCCCCAUAACAGGAAGCAUAGCCACUUGAGAAACCUGGGUAUGCUUGUGUCCCUCAUCGUGUUUGUAAUCGCGUGGGUGAACAAGCGCCCUGAGAUGAUGGCUGCUGCCGGCAUGAGUGCGGCUGCAAUUGGAGGAUAUGGACCCCUCAAGAAAAGAUUCAAGAUCAGUGGUCUGGCAAAGGCAGAGAUUCCGCCGCAUAUCUUGGACAAAGUCGAAAAGGACAAGUCAGCCAGGAACUUCAAGGAAGAAAUGAAUAGGUACAUCAAGAAGGCGCAUCUGGAUCAAUUCUUCAGAAAGGAAAAGGAGGGUUUUCUGGAUGAAGUCAUCAAAAAAGCCGUCGAGUUGGAAGCAGAUCCGAAAAGCAGUGCUCACCCUUCAGACUUGAUCCGUCUCGCACUUUUCCAACCUGUGCUGUAUUGUGACGAUAGCGGUUCAAUGAAGAGGGACAAUCGAAUCCAGCUGCAGGCAGACUUGAGUGAGCGAAUCACCAGUCUCACCACGAGGCUUGUCCCAGACGGUACCGGCAUCGAGCUGCGACUCAUCAACUGUCCAGAUUCCUUUAAUCACCCUACAUCGGAAAGAGUCAGCGAUAUACUCAAGAACCAAGUUGUAUACGCUGGGCCUACUGAGAUUGGAACCAAUUGCAGGGCAAAGAUCCUCGAAGAGCUUGUUUACCGACCCAUAAAAAAGAAGCUGUUUGAUCGUCCGGUGCUUAUCUCGAUCUUGACUGAUGGAUGCCCUUUGGGCCCCCCUGGCAGUAGUGAGACGCAAGAUACGCUGAAAAAUGUCAUUUUACAGUGUGGUGUUUUCUUGGAGAAACAUGGGUACAGAAAAGAUGGUAAGAGAGAGUCUUUUACUUAA